AUGGCGACAGUGAACAGCGGCUUCGAAGUCCGCGGCGCAAAAGGCGGCGCCAAGGGUGGCCGCUCCAUCCACGCGACGCGCCGCUUCGACCCGGGCGACGUCAUCGCCCGCUUCGACGACCCGGACAUCGUCCUCCCGCCGGGCCACCGCGCCCUCGAGUACUGCAACCACUGCUUGCGGAAACGGGGCUCGCCGGGCCUGGCGGGGAGGCCGCUCCGCGCCUGCACGGGCUGCAAGACGGUGGCGUACUGCGGCCCGGCGUGCCAGAGGGCCAACUGGACCCUCAUCCACAAGGUCGAGUGCAAGGCCAUCCAACGGCUGCACGAGCUGAAGCCGGCGCACCAGCCGGACUGGGUGCCGACGCCGAUCCGCGCCGCGGCGCAGGUGGUGCUGAGGCCGAAGGUCGUGGAGAAGUUCAAGGAGUUGGAGGGGCACGUCGAGGAGUGGAGGAAGAAUGACGAGAUGGACCUGCAGCUUCAGGCGCAUGGCGUCGUGAGGUGUAUUGGGGUUGAGGCGGUCACGUUUCAGGGGCUGGAGGAGGCUUUUCAGGUUUUAUGCAAGCUUCAGACGAAUGCCUUCAGUCGUACGGAAGAGUACUACGAGACUGGCGGCGUGUUCCUUGACACGACGUUAGCCAUGAUCAAUCACUCUUGUGCGCCGAACGCAAUGGUGCAGUUCAGUGGACGGUCUGCGGUUCUCAGGUCAAGUGCCUUCAUUCAAGCUGGAGACGAGAUUGAGAUCUCGUAUAUCGACCAAACGCAACCAAAGGGGAAGAGACAAGGCGAGCUCGACCUCUAUCAUUUUGGAUGCGCGUGUCGCAAGUGCGAGGGUGACUUUGACGAGUACCAAAUGGCCAUGAAGGACCCCACCGUCGACCUCAACAAACUGAGCGUCAUGCCUGACAUUGAGCGCUUCAAGAAUCCCCCCGGCGGCGGCUUAUUCCACGAGCCGCAAGGGAUGCAGGGGCUCAUCGUCAAGAAGAUCAUGCCAGUGUUCCCGCGCGACAUGAAGCCAAAGGAGAAGCACGAGUGGCUUAGGAAAGCGUACAAGACGGGGUCGUACUUCGUUGAAACGGGGAAAUGGGCCAUAGAGCCCUUUGCGCAGGUCGUGGACGAGGCUUCGUUUUAUUUCGGAAAGGAUCGAGGGAACCAUGAAUGCGCCCUCGCCGUUGCUUGCCUGUCGGCGUACGAGAUCGAGCCGUUCAAGCACGUCGCUCCAUUCCACCCCCAGAGGUUGAAGGGGCUAUCUUCCAUUGCCAUUGCUUUGUCCAACACGGCGCCCGAUCCAGGGAAGCUCACUAAGCUCGCGAGAGACAUGGCUUCGUUGAAGAAGUUUGAGCCGAAGCACGUCAAAGUUUUGGAAAACCUGGACCAGGUGUCUAUGUGCCAGAUGGUCUUGUCAAUGAUUGACAUGUACAGCCAUCUAGCUCCGUCGGCCGACUGGGAAGUUUUGGUGUUGGCGAAGGAGAUGUUGAAUGACAUCGAAAGCUUGCCCGGUCGAGAGAAGGAAAACAGCUUGAUCCUUGCGUGGAGGAAAGACCCUAAGGACAUGGAUGAGUUCUUCAGAUUCGGUCUUAUCGAACCGAUCAAGGCGUUGUCUGAGCUCGGAAAAGUUGUGUUAGAAGUAGAUCUGGGUAUGGACCGCGAUCUGUCUGCCAAGUGA